AAGAAAAAGAAAAUCGAGCUGAAAAGCGCAACACAGUUGAACACACCACAUCAGAUUACCGUACAGUCCUAGAAGAGAGAGAAAUGAAAGAAAACACACACUCACCAACUCACGCUCUGUUACAGUGAAAGUGUGAAAACCAAACCCCGUCUCUGUCUCUCGGGUUUGCAACAGGAACUCUCCGAUCUUCCAGAACAUUCUAGUAGUAAGGCUACUCUUCAGUUCAAGUGAUCAGCACAGCCAAACAGUUACUCUUUUUCCAUGGACUUGUACGGUCGGAGCCCCGCCAGAAAUGGAUCCAACCCGCCGAACCAACCCGAAUGGCGCUCACCGGCCACCGACACUGGCCUCGAAGAAUCCAUGUGGCAUUUGGCGCUAGGUGGCGGCGAAUCUUACCCGGAGCGUCCCGGUGUCGCCAAUUGUGUCUAUUAUAUGCGGACUGGGAUGUGUGGAUAUGGCAGCAGGUGUCGUUACAAUCAUCCUCGUGAUCGUGCUGCGGUUGUUGCGGCAGUAAGAGCUACAGGGGACUACCCAGAACGGGUGGGGGAACCCCCAUGUCAGUAUUAUAUCAAAACUGGAACCUGUAAAUUUGGUGCAUCCUGUAAGUUCCACCAUCCUAAAAACGGAGGUGGAUAUUUAAGCCAAGCUCCACUAAAUGUUUAUGGAUACCCGUUACGGCCGGGUGAGAAAGAAUGCUCCUACUAUUUGAAAGCGGGGCAGUGCAAAUUCGGUGUAUCGUGUAAAUUCCAUCAUCCUCAACCUGCUGGCACAUCGAUGCCAGAAUCUGCGCCUCAAUUUUAUCAACAGGUGCAGUCUCCUACAGUUCCUCUGCCUGAACAGUAUGGAGGAGCUUCCACAAGCUUGAGAGUGGCUAGGCCUCCCAUAUUGCCUGGCUCGUAUGUACAGGGGGCUUAUGGUCCUGUACUUCUUUCCCCUGGGGUUGUUCCAUUUCCUGGAUGGAGUCAUUAUUCGGCACCUGUAAGUCCUGUACCAUCUCCUGGUGCUCAACCUGCCGUUGGGGCUACUUCUUUAUAUGGAGUGACCCAGUUGUCAUCACCAACAUCAGCUUUUGCUAGACCAUAUACUCCGCUGCCCUCUACUACCGGUCCUUCAGCAAGCAGCCUGAAGGAAAAAUUAUUUCCUGAAAGACCGGGUGAACCAGAAUGCCAAUACUAUCUGAGAACAGGGGACUGUAAAUUUGGAUUAGCUUGUCGAUAUCAUCAUCCUCAGGAUCAUACUGUGGCACGACCACUUCUUAGCCCCGUCGGACUUCCUUUACGUCCGGGGGUACAAGCUUGUGCAUUUUAUUUGCAAAAUGGGCAUUGCAAGUUUGGCUCCACGUGCAAAUUUGAUCAUCCUUUGGGAUCUAUGAGAUACACGCCAUCGACAUCUUCUCUCAUCGAUAUGCCAGUUACACCAUAUCCAGUUGGGUCUUUGCUGUCUCAAUUGGGUCCUUCAACAUCUUCAGACCUUCGGCCUGAACUCAUGUCAGGGUCCAAAAAGGAAUCCUUUUCAGGCAGAAUACCUUCUUCUGGAAAUGGUUCCGGUACUUCUGUGGGUUUAAUUUUCUCACAAGGUGGGUCUGUCUCGCGAUCUGAUGUGCAACACUCGAGUCAGAAUUCUGCCCCUUCAAGCAGUAGCAGAAGCACCAGACAAAGUGGUGAGAUACGUUGAUCUGGCUGCUGCGAACUUGAAACUCAUUAUCCAUUGGAUGUGAUUUUCACAAGCCAUCAUUGCUUCUGUCUAUAAUCCUCAGUAUUAUAAUGGAAACUGUUCAAAGUUUCACUGUUGCUGUUGAGAAUUCGUCAUCCAAUCCUGUUUAGAGUCUAUACUAGGUCAUUCUCUUUUAUGCUCACCUCAUCUGAUUAUAUUAUUAUCUCAAAUAAGCUUCAAUGGAAAACAUCACAUUGUCUAUUUUUAUUCUCUUCUGAAUAUUAUUAUUAUUAUUUUACCUUGAUUAA